AUGAAAGGGGGUGAUGAGUGUGUUGAUGCACUUCCACCACCUGCCAAAGGAGAAGAGAAAGAGAUGAGUAUUUUAGAACCUCCUAAAGAAAUUAAUAGAAAAAGAGAGGAAAUGAUUAAAAAGUUAAAGAGUUCAAUACAAAUGAAAGUCCAACAAGACAUAAUAAGAGAAGAAAGAGAAAAGAAGAAGGGGGAAACCCUAAUCAAGGAAGAGCCAAUUGUAAUUCAUAAAGAGAUUCAAAUACCAGUAGUUCAAGAAAGGAGUAAUAAACAAAUUGAAUCGAAGAUAAUAAAGAAAGACCAAUGUGAUAAUAUAACUCAAGAAAACAACGACAAUAAUAGUGAUAAAGGUAUUAGAUUGAAUAAAAGAAUUGAUGAGAAAGAAAUUGAAAUAGAAAUAAAUCAAUUACAAAGUUAUGAGAAAGAUCAAAAGAUUUUAAAAGAACAAAAAGAUGAAAAAGAAAAUGGAGUGGUUAUGAGUAAAUUUCUAUUUAUUGGUCCAAUAUAUGGAAAUUAUAUUAAAGGAGAAUUAAAAUCAGUUAUAAUAUUAGGUCUUAUUCAUAGUGAAGGAAUUAUUAUACCAGAACCUCCAUGUCCAAUUUAUAUAUUAGCAACACCUUGUACUAAUCAAUUAAAAGAACCAAUUCCAUCAAAUGUACAUAUAUUAAGUGGAAUUGGAGAUUUAAAGAUUGAUAAAUUUACAUUAGUUUAUAGUAGUAUUGAUGAAGCAGAAGAUGAUGUUAGUUAUCAAGAAACUAAAGAAUUAGCAACAAAAUAUUAUCUUCAGAAGAGUUGUGAUUUCUUUAUAUCAACAUAUUGGCCAUCAUAUAUUCUUAAUGAAUUAGAUAGUAAUGAAAAACCAGCAUUUCAUGUUGAUUAUUCUUAUGUUGCAGCAAUCAUUGCACGUGCAUGUUGUCCAAGAUAUCAUCUAACAAUUGGAAAAGAAUAUUAUGAAAGAGUUGAAUUUACCAAUAAAACAGAUUCUAGAAUAAAAAAUAAUGAUUUAAUUUAUCCUACUAAGUUUUAUUCUUUAAAUCCUGAAACAGAAGAAAGAAACUUGAAGUCAAUUAUAUUCUUAAAAAUUAUUUCAGUAGAAGAAGGAGCAUUACAAAAUAAUACAAAAAAUCUUGGAAUUAAUCCUUAUUAUGAUAUUAAACUUACUCAAUCUAAAUUUAGUGAAUUCAAAAAACCAUUAUGUCAAUCUCAUAUAACUGUUGUUUCUUCAAUACCUACAAAUAAACAAGAAGACCAACAACAUAUAAUAAGUAUUUAUGAAAAUAAUAAAAAACCAUUAUAUCAACAAAGUUAUAAAAUUAAUAAUUGUUGGUUUUGUUUAUCAAAUUCAAAUAGUGAAUUAAAACUUAUUAUAUCAUGUGGAUAUUAUAACUAUUUAUCAUAUACUAAAGGUCCAUUAAUUGAUAAUCAUUUUCAACUUAUUCCAAUUCAUCAUAUUCAAUCUUAUAAAAUGAUGUCAAUUGUUGGUUUAUCUGAAUUAAAUAAUUAUUAUACUUCAUUAAGAAACUUUUAUCGAGUAGAGAAAAAAGAAUUUAUUGUAUUUGAAACAAUUCUAAUAAACCAAAAUUCUAAUCGCCAUACAUUUCUUCAAAUCUUUCCAUUUGAAUUAAAUAAAAGUGAUGAUCUUAUCAAACAUAUUGUUAGAUUUAUAACUUCAUUAAAUGGUCAAUGUCAACUCAUUCAACUCUCAAACCCUAUUGCCUUUAAUGAAAUUCCACCUCAAACAACAUACAUUUAUUUUACACUCUCUGGAAUUGUUAGUUAUUAUUUCGUUGUACAAAACCAAAUUAAACCAACAAUAGCAAGAGAAAUAAUGGCAAUGUGGUUCAAUUUACCUGAUCGUAUGAUAUGGAAACAAUGUCAAGAAGAAUACUCAGUAGAAGAGAGAAAAGCAAGGGAUUUACGCCAUACCUUCUCAAAUUUUGACACUAUAAUUUAA